AGAGAAAGAAUGGGAAGGAAGCAGCUCACAGCGGCAACAGACAAGCAACGACGGCGGUGACCGGACAUGAACUUUAGCGAGGAGCCUACAACUUUACUCGGAGUUUAGAGAGGCAGACGACGGAGGCAGCAGCAGUCGCUUCACUUCGCCUCUACUCAGUCAGGGGAAACAAGGAAGUGAGGAGCAGUCAAACUCCCAGUUGUUUUCCGCCGCACAAGAUUAUAUGGUGAGCAAAUGUUGACACAUGGGACAAGGAGUUUCUAGGCUGAAAUACCCUUCCAUCUACCUCAGCAGCUCUCGCUUUAUACUCGAUUUACCUCAGCCUGUGUCGUGUUGAGUCCACCAACAUCAGCGACCUCGGAAGAGGCCGGCGGAUCACUUUUUGCUUCGUCAGCAGAUCUCUCCAGUAUCAGCCAACCAGCCGCCUUCAACGCUACCAUCGUUAGCUGAACCCCUUGGUGAGGGAGGGUCCUCCUGAAGGAGUCAUGUUUCGCCCGGGUUUGUGAUGUCCGAGCCCUGCAACGGACCCGGACCAGUUGAAGAACAGGGGUGGAUUUGUCGAGACGUGCCCCGCUUUGUGAUUGGCUGUGAAGAGGAUGAGCAAGACAUGGGCCAAAUGGAGGCUGGCAUGAAGAACGAGAUGCUUCGUCAGGACGACAUGGAGGUGUAUGAAAAUGAAUCGUCGUCAGAGCGACAGAUCGUUGUGGGCAUAUGUGCCAUGAUGAAGAAGUCCAAGUCGAAGCCCAUGACUCAGAUCCUGGAGAGACUCUGUAAAUUUGACUACAUCGAUGUCGUCAUCUUCCCUGAGGAGGUGAUCCUGGAGGAGCCUGUGGAGAAAUGGCCACUCUGUGACUGCCUCAUCUCCUUCCACUCCAAAGGUUUUCCUCUUGACAAAGCUGUGGAAUAUGCUAAGCUCAGGAAUCCAAUGCUCAUCAAUGAUCUCAACAUGCAGUAUUUCAUUCAAGACAGGAGGGAAGUGUAUCGCAUCCUUCAGGAAGAGGGCAUCGACCUGCCUCGCUACGGCGUGUUAAACAGAGACCCUGACAAUCCUGAAGAGUGCAACCUGGUGGAGGGGGAGGACCAUGUGGAGGUGAACGGGGAAGUGUUCCCUAAGCCCUUUGUGGAGAAGCCUGUGUGUGCAGAGGACCACAACGUCUACAUCUACUACCCAACGUCUGCAGGGGGAGGCAGCCAGAGGCUCUUCAGAAAGAUUGGAAGUCGCAGCAGUGUCUAUUCCCCAGAAAGCAACGUGCGAAAAACUGGAUCGUACAUUUACGAGGAGUUCAUGCCGACUGAUGGCACCGAUGUGAAGGUUUACACAGUGGGCCCAGAUUACGCCCACGCCGAGGCCAGGAAGUCUCCAGCCCUGGACGGUAAGGUGGAGCGAGACAGCGAGGGCAAGGAGAUCCGCUACCCCGUCAUGCUGACCGCCAUGGAGAAACUGGUGGCCCGCAAGGUCUGCCUUGCCUUCAAGCAAACCGUGUGUGGCUUCGAUCUGCUGCGAGCCAACGGCCAUUCCUACGUCUGUGACGUGAACGGCUUCAGCUUUGUGAAAAACUCCAUGAAGUACUACGACGACUGUGCCAAAGUCCUGGGGUAGGUGGCGCUGCGCUCAAUAGUGACUCUUGGUCAGAUGAAAUACAAUAAAAUAAUCCUUUAUUAGCCUCACAAGUGGGGUAUAAAAGAGUAACAGAAACGAAAAACGGAAUAAAAAAACAGGACAUUGUGGGAAAAAAAAUCACCCAGUGACGUUCGGUGAGGUUCAUAACUGGUGAUUCACUGACUUAAUCAUAAUCAGAUUUACAAAUGUAGACCCCCUGCAUGAUAUUGUUUAUGGAAAUUUUGCACAUCUCCACAACGCUGGAGCUGGUCCAUGAUGACGGUUGAGGCUCUGCCUCAGUCUGCAAACACCAUACAAGCUAAACUAGAAAAGUAAAUAUGAAAAUAUCAUUAUAGAUGCAAAAUAUGUAUAUAUAAAUAUAUAUACACACAAAGAUACAUUUACAAAACGCAUGCACAUGCUCUCAUUUAUAUACAUCCACAAAUAAAUAAAAGUCUUGUUUUAUUUAUUUAUUAUUACAGUUGCAUUUAGGCCUGUUACAGUAAUAAAUUAAGUAAUUAACUCUUGGAGCUUCAUUACAUCAAUCAAUCAAUCAAUCAAAUUUUAUUUGUAUAGCACA